AUGCUCCGGCAACUUGCUCGUAUACCUCCUGGUCAGCCGUUGUUCUUUCGUGAUCCACGGACUAUUGAUUGGUGGAUCGCUGGCAAUUUGCCCUUCCUGCUAUUCACCCUAGUCAGCUAUGUCUACGUCGUCAAGUACUUUGGACCUCGGUUCAUGAAGAACCGCAAGCCCCUGGACUUCCUCAAGCCUGUCAUCCUGGCCUACAACGGAACCAUGGUUGCCACCAACGCCUUCUUCUGCCACAAAUUCCUCAGGGCAUCGUACAUCGGUGGCGGGUACAACUUAUUCUGUCAAGGAAUCGAUUUCAACGCCAAGGAUGAAGCGACAUUGCAGCUUUUGAGUCUGGUGUGGUUCUACACGUGGGUGAGGCUUGCGGACUUCCUGGAUACGGUCUUCUUCGUGCUUCGCAAGAAAGACGCUCACGUCUCGCUCUUGCACGUGGCGCAUCACUGCAUAGUUGUCUUCGGGUGCUGGUACGGCUUGUCGUAUGGAGCUGAUGGACAGUCCUUGUUCGGCAUAUGUGUGAAUAGUUUCGUUCACGUGGUCAUGUACUCGUACUAUUUCCUAUCGCUUCUAGGGCCUUCUGUGCGCAAGUAUUUAUGGUGGAAGAAACAACUGACGCAACUCCAGCUUGGACAGUUUAUUGUCGGUAUUCUACAUGCGGUUAUACCUCUUUUUGUAGAUUGUGGCUAUCCACCUAUGCAUAUCAUCAUUGCCUUCCCUCAGGGUGUCUUUUUUAUUGUAAUGUUUACGAGGUUCUAUUUGCAUGCGUACCAGAACAGAGUGAACAAAGUGCAGUGA